UCCAUGUUUAUAGGAUAUGUAUGUAUUUUUAAUAUUUUAAAUAUCAAAAUCAUGUGAAAUUAGUCAAGUGUAAUACAAUGUAACGUAACAAAUUUUUGUUAUGAAGAAACCUAUAAGCUGUAAGUGAAGGUAAUCAGAUAAUCACAUGUUAUUGUUGUUAUCGUAACCAAGGUAUAUUUGAUUUGUUUGGUCAAUAACUUAACAUUAGUGGAACUAAAACGAUUUCUCUUGCUGUUUUUAUGCAUAACUUCUUCUACGCGAAAAUUAUGGAUCCCAUGCUCAACAAGGCACAUUAAUUAACCACAUCUGAGUGGCACACUUCAAACUAUCAACAAAGGCGUUGUAAAAAUACUUCUGUUCACUAGAGAUAUCAUAGUUCUGUACAUAGACACACUUAUCGUCUAUUGAGUUGAAUCAGUAUCAAAUAUGCCAGCUAUUGUGGUCAAGGAAUACAGCUGGCGUCAAACAGAUGACGCAGUAGUAGUUAGCACACCCCUUUUCGGUAACCCAAAGAAUGUGGAUUUAUUUACUUCUACCAACUAUAUAAAGGCCAGCUAUCCACCAUUCAUCCUGGAGCUCUUUCUCUGGGGUAACAUUCUGGAGCACGAGAGCAAAUGCGUUUUGGACAAAGAACAGGCCAAUGUAGUCUUUACUUUAAAAAAAGCAGACUUAGGUUUGAUCUGGCCUAGUCUUGUAGAGGACCUCGAUAAACACACUAAAAAAGAACGUAGGAUACGAGCCUUGGAGCAAGCUCAAGUAAUGGCUGAAGAACGGGCCAAAGCUAGAAGUGAGAAGGGCCACAAGCUGCAGAAACAAGCAGUCAGAGCGCAAAUCAACUUAGAUACGGCAACGUUAAACAAAAUAGACUUGCUACGUGACACAGAGCGUAAACAAGCAAUGAAUGAUUUUGAAGAGUGGAGAUGUACAAUGGAGAAUCCAAUAUUGUCAAGUAUUGAAGGCAAGGUUCAAGAGAACAGGAAAGCUUACAGGCCACCAUUGAAAUGGUUCAAAGAUGAGGCAGGCGAACUUAAAUCUAGAGAAAUGACGAAAACAGAAAUUCUUAAUCAAGGAUUGACUCUCAAAGUGGAAAAUAGUACAACUUUGAAACAAUUGGACGGGGCAAAUGCAGAACCCAGCAAUAUAAAUGAUACUAGUUUAAAUGAAUCACGAAUUGAGGAAACGAAACACCAUAAAUCAAAUGUCGCACACUUUACCGAUGGAAGCAGCAGAGCGCUUGAGAAUGACCAAAAAUCUAAUGAAGCCGGUUCAUCCAGCUCUUCUGAGGAUUCUGAGUCUGAUCGUACAACUGGAGAAAUUUCUUCCUUUUCAACGACACAGUCAUUCAUCAAAGAGAUGAAUGAAAAGAGAUUGAAGAAAUUUUACAGUGAAAAAGCCAAGAAAAAUUCAAAACCUGGAAAGCAGAUCAUAAGCAACUUAUUGACACAGAGACAUUUCAAGGCUAAUACAAUAUUUGAUGAACCCAAAAAGGCAGUCCCAUUACCAAGAAAAAAUGGAAUAAUUAACAUUAAGUUUUCUGAACGCACAUUUCCAACUCCCGCUAGAGAGAGCCAUCAACUAGAAGAGCAAGAGUGGCUGGAGAAACAGGCAGCAGCAAGACGACAAACCGGUUUCGUUGUGGAAGACUUGAGACCAGAAGAAUUGGAUCCUCAAUGGCUUAAGGAUAAGGGAGACGAGUUCUUCAAAGCUGGAAAUUACUUGGGGGCAAUCAGCGCCUACAGUCAUGGAAUAAAAUUAAGCCCUAAGAUGUCAUCUUUAUACUCAAAUAGAUCAGCAGCUCAUUAUGCUCUUGGUAAUUACUUCAGAUGCACUGAAGAUUGCUCUAAGGCCUUAGAAUUGAUGGUACCUCAUUGCAAAGGGAAUUUGGAUUCUCGUGCAAAGUGUCAUGCUAGGCGUGGAGCAGCACUCUGCAAGUUAUCUUCUCCUCAACACGGUAUACCUGAGUUGGAAGCUGCUCUUAAACUUGACCCAGAAAAUGCGACUAUCAAACGUGAUCUAUUAGCUGCCAAACAAUACUUUGAUAUUCAUGAACAGUGAAGUGAGACAAGGACUUACUAUUUUUUUUUCUACACGAUAAUAUAAAUACAUGCAAUCUACACAGGCCAGGCAAUGCAGUAUUCCUAGAUCUUAAUAUUAAUAUUA